AUGUGCGGAAAGGUUCUCGACCCCGGCUCGGAAGACAAGUCAAAAGAUGCUGCUGCAGCUGAUGCUACAGCAGCUGAAGGACAGUCAACACCCGAAGAAAGCCAUGGCCGACGAAAAGGUUUAGGGCACCAGUUCUCGUCAGGCAACAGUGAUGGCAAUUCAGAUGCUGGUGCUGUUGACAGCAUGGAUCCAGACAUGGCCGAGGGGCUGUGGAGAGGGUCUUCUGGCGAUUUCGAGAAAGGGAGACCCGUGCCUCCAGGGUUUUGGCGACGGCAUUCCAAGGGCCGUCUCAGCUGGAGCGACGACUACCAGGGCGGCUGCCUCGCAGAAUACUACGAGGAUGAGCGAAGCCGGAUGGUGUCGGAAAGCUCCAGCGUUCCACCUGGCGACACGGACGUGUCAACAUCCGCACCAGCAGCAGGAGUAGCAGCAGCAAGAGAGGAAGGAGGAGGAGCGGCAGGAUCCAGAGCGGACAGUUGUAUCGUGCAAUCGUGCCGUUCGCAAGGUGGAGGGAGUACGACAGCGGCAGCAUCGCCCAGUCCUAACGCCACCAAACAGCCGGAGAAGGGUUCCGAACCGCCUGGGCUAUCCACGGGGCAGGAUGAAGAUGGUGAUGUGUUCCACAGCGCUCUCCAGCUCGUCGACGAAGACGAUGACUUGGGAGGUCUGGAUGGCGGGUGUGCUGCGCUGGUCCGCCGCGACACGUUCUACGGAGACGUUCAGAUCCCGCCAAUGAGAGUCCUUGAUUCGCCCUCGCAGGAGAAGAUGGAGGACAGAAACGUGCGUUUCAGCGCAGCAAAGGGAGGGAGCGGCGGUGGAGCUGCAGCUUCCUCACUUGGUGGAGAACCGGCCAAGCACGAGCAGAGCGAAGGGAGCGGGUGUCGAGGAGGACAAGGAGGAGGAGCGGCUGCUGGUGACACUGGUGUCGCAGCUGAUAGCGGUGGCGGUACGGGUACGCCGACGGCCGGGACCAGUCCGGGUACCUGGUCUCCUCAGUGGGGGUGGUACGUCACCAUGACCCCCCCGCAGGAUCAAUACCCAGCCCAGCAGUUCCCGAUCCCCGGUGCCAAGCCGCCAACCCCAACCGCAUCUGCCGCAGCAUCCGACGUGCACACUUCAGCCAAGGGGCGUCCGCCAAGACCCUGAGGAAUCCUGGUCGUUAGUCUUCCACGCGUCGAGGCUGCCUAGACGGGGGAGCCUAUUUUGUUUGAUCCCUAUGCACUUUUUUGUUUUUGCGACAGUCGCGGCCAGCUGGAACAUCCCUUUCUGCCGGAAGCUUAUUUGUUUUAGCUGCCAGUUCCAAACAAGCUGUCAUUGAAACUAUGAGCGAUAUUGCUUGCAGCUAGUCAUUCAGGGAUGGAACUGUACAUCGUCAAGGCUCUGUCUGGAAAUCGAUUCGGACCUCUGGUACCAGACGGCACUGGAACCGGCGUGAUGUUCAUUUGGUGGCGAUCUUCCAGUUAAUACUUUGUGGCUGUCAUUUGUCAAGCCUUUACGUUGUUGCUAUGCUUGCAUGAUAUAUGAAAACUCGCUGGGUACUUUUCGGUAUGAUAAAUAGAAUCCCUGCUCGCCUUGCUUUUGAUGUUUUGCAUGGUCCAUCAGAUUGCAAUCGUGACGUUCUCAUGAUUGACGUGAUUCAACUCUUGAUUGCAUUGAGUUACGAAUGACGCGACGGCGGUAUGUCUUAUCAUUUUCCGGCAGCCUCAGUCAUACUUCUACAACAGAGGGAGGGAUUUAUUUGAGCAAUGAACUGUUGGUUAAGGGUCGAACGUUGUUGGCAUCUGCAUCUUGCUGGCUGCCCCAGACCGAGUGAUUGCUUAUUCUACCCCCCGAAGGGUACAUAGACACCGGCUUUGCCUCCCAGUUGAAUUCAUCUUGGAGUGCAUUCUCUUUCAGUUCGUGCAUGUUGUUCAUGCGGGAGGUUAUAGAUACGACAUACUGAAAAGCGCUGGUUGGGUUACCAUUACGCUGGUAGCGGUCAUUUGUUGCAUUCCUUGCUGUUCACGUCGUCUUGAAAUAGAAGGUAUACGUGUCACAGCCGUUUCAUGUUGUGGUGUUGGAUGCUAGGGAGAUACCUCUAUGUCGCUCCAAGGACCGUUCGUGGAAAUUUCUUGGAUUCCCCUCGCAGUUCUCAUGGGCACGAGUGAAGGUCUGCUGCCAUUUUUGCAGUCAUGUGUCCAACACUCCUGGCGGACUUCACCGGUAGAACUCGAGUUUGUGACAAAAAUCGCGUACGGUGCUUGGCUUGUAGAGUGAAUGUAGUGGUUAAUUUGACGCGCAAUAGACGGGCGCAUUUUCAGUCUCAAGUCGUGAAGAAGUCUGUAAGGCGACCAAGUGGACGGUUUCUGUUGGAUGCGUCUGUGGAAUAGGGGAAAACCCCGUGGUAGCUAUCGUAGUUUUGGGGGUUUCAAGAGCUGCCACGUUUGUAAGUGAAGUUAGCACUGUAAUUCCAGCUGAGUUUGUUAUCUGUAGCUUGUUUCGAAGGCGGCCGCUUGGGUCUCCUCCAGACUUCGGUUGGUCAGCGUUUGUUUAGAGCACGGCCUGGUGUUGAUCGUUAUUGGAGGAGGCCUUCGCACUAUGUUCCAUUUCUCAAGCAAGGGGGUCGCGAUGGUCUUACCAGGUCGGACGCACAGCAUCUGCAUAGCAUGCGCCUUGCUCGUGGCAUACAACGGAGAGUUUUUUUCUUCUUUUUUUUUUUCCAUUGGGCCAGUUAAAUCGCCUAUUCAAACGAGUUCAGUGUCGCCGAUAACUCUUCCUAGUCUAUGUCGAGUUUUGGGCCUCGGCUGCUUUUGGGCUCGGCUGCUUCUUGGAGACGGCUCCUGCGUGGUCGAGAGUAGUUGCGUCGACCUUUCGAUGGUGGAUAGACUAAAGGUUUCACAGCGGAGUAAAUUCACAGAGUCUACGGCCCUUGCUGCAGUACUUCUGCAUACAGCAGCAGGCCUGUCCUAUUUGAGGGUCGAGGAUGUCAUUGGCAUGCAAAACUCCCCGAUGCAUUGCCUAAUUUUGAGGAAUCGGCUCGAGCAAAUGCGACCAGCACCAAGGACUCUUGUGUCUCACGCAUUGCAGUGAGCUGGUGGUGAGUGCAGGUGCUACGCUGUGUUUUUUUUCUGGCCCUAUUCCUUCUGGUAGUUUUUUUCUUCGUUUGCAUGCAUGUAUACAUCGAGAGUGUGGGAGUAGCAGUCGCGGAGCAGCGGAGAGCGACAGCGGCAACGCAGGGUUAUUUUCUCUUCGUCUACGCGAAGAACAUGUGCAACGACGAGUAGUGUCGGUAAAUGUUGUCUGUGUCGUGCUAAUUUUUUCUUAUGCAAGCGAUUCGGCAUACAUUCAAGGGACAAACGUUGAAGUUUCAUGGUCUUCUACUGGCUUCGGUUGGUUUCUCUGCUGCGAUGAUAGUUACUAUAGGACUUCCUUUUUGGGCAGGAGUUCGCACACCGUCCUAUUGCGCUGGCGUUGAUGUCCCAAUGGCCGAACCUUGGUGUGCUGCUUUGGUAUGAAAAAUGUAGUGGUUUAGUACACACGGACAGGACAUCGCGGAAAUUGAACGGAAUGCUUACAGUAGUAGUCUAGCCUACCUACUGCUGUUAUUGUUGUUUUUGAUGUUGUAGAGGCAAAUAUCAUGGUUUUGAGUGGGUAGCCGUUCUUCUUCCCCUCUCGCUGCACGAGGGAUAUUACAUUUAUGGGCGAAUGAUUCCUUCAAAAGGAUUUCUCUCUACGGCAUCGAUUGAUUGGUGCAUGUGGCGUCUCCACAGAGACAGAUAGAUGCUAUUUGUAUUUUUUAAACUUAUCUCACAGAAGAUAUGUUUUUUUGUCAUUUAUUUAGCUAGUCGCGAUAAAGCAGCUCGGUAGAGUACGCCCGAUCCAUGUGAACGUUCCUUGUGGAUACUUCUGUUGUUGCUGGUCGUGCCGAAGACAACAACAAACAAUACAAGAAAAUGUUUAGUGUCCCGGAGACAGACCCAGGGCGCCGAU